AUGGCAGUUAAUCGAGAAGUCACCACUGUUGAGUAUGGGCUUGAAUCUGAAUCAUUGCAUAUGACUGAGGGAGACUGCCCUAGACUGGAUGACAGUGGGAUACCGCUGCUAAAAGAUGUGAGAUGUGUAAUAAAUGAUGCCAUUCGUUUGCUUCCACUCACCAAAUACUUGGCUGAUGAGACAGAAUUUACUAAGAUAUAUGGGAGAAUUUUGCAUCUUCUAAAUGUUCCAGUACUGCCAUUAGCCAUAAAAGCCCUGAUUCAUUUCUGGGAUCCGGAUUAUCGAUGUUUUACAUUUAGGGAUGUCGAUAUGGUUCCUACCCUUGAAGAAUACGGUGUUUUGACAGAAUUUCCUGAGGAUAUACAUAAGGUGUACUUUCAUCAAAGGAUUGAGGAUACUAUAGAGGAGCUUGCUAAGCUAUUGGGAAUCCAGCAAAUGAGCUUAUAUAGAGAGAAAAGUGAUUCUGGGGGUUUGAGAUGGAAACGACUAGAGGAGUUGUUGAUUACUAAAAAGUCUAAUCCAUGUGCUAAAUUAGAGGUAUACAGAAUAUUGGCUUUGGGAAUAUUUGGGUUGAUUUUGUGUCCUUCAACUGCUGGAAUUAUCAGUGUAGAGGCGGCCAAUUUGUUUGUUGAGUAUGAGAAGACCAAAAUUAAUCCUUCUGCUGCGAUCUUGGCUGAAACUUUUUUGUCCCUCAAUCAUUGCAAAAAGUCCGGGAAAGGUUUUAUGAGAUGUUGUGUUCCAUUAUUGUUCAUUUGGAUGGUAAGUCACAUAGAAUCCGAGACACCAAUAUUCCGGAAUUUUUGGUGGUUUGAUCAAAGGCCACUCGAGUUAUUUGUAUCAAAUGAAUGGAAUUUUUUUUCUGAAGAUGACUGGAGGGUAAAACUACAAGGAAUUCCACGAAGCAAUUUUAAUUGGAGAGCUCCUUGGAUGAGAAAUGUAACGUAUUUAAUGGGUUGUGGGAAGAAGCCUUGGGUACCUUUGAUUGGAGUGACUGGAUAUAUUAGCUAUGCGCCUGCUUUAGUUGCAAGACAGUUUGGGGGCAUACAAAGCAUCCCAAGAACGGUUGAUUUAGCUCAAUUUAUUGGAGUAUACAAAGGAGCUACCAUGGAGAUGUUGGAGAGCAUUAGGCAGGAUUGGAAAUCUUUGGUACUGGUGAAAAAGGAGACCGGAUUAAGGAAUCCUACAGUUAGUGAAAAGUAUCCCGAAUGGCGUAAUGGAGGAGUCUCUUAUAUGGCAGAAGUUUCUGAAUCUGUGGGCAUUCGAAGGAAAAGAGUAAACUGUGAAGAAGAAUUAAGAAAACAAGUAAAAUCGUUACAAGCUGAGCUUAAAGCAAAGGAAGAACAGAGAGUGUCUUUAGAGCGGCAGCUAGCCAAAGAAAAGGGUGUAAGGAAAAUAGCUGAAGAAGAAAGGGACUCUGUGGGUCAAGACUUGAUAAAGGCAAAGGCUGACUUGGAAACACAAAAAAUAAUUAAUCAGGACAUGACGUAUUAUAUGGCAAAAGCUAAGCAUUGGGAAGAGUUAGCUAUCAAGACACAAGCUAUAUUGAAAAUGCGUCGGGCGGACAUUGUUAAGUUUAAAGACCAAUUGGGAAAAGCUGAGGCUUUAACUAAAAUUCAGGAAGAGCGAAAAACAGAGUUGAACAGUCAUAAGGCUGAAGCAGAAGCAUUGAGAUCUAAGCUGGACAAAGAAAAAUUAAAGACCGUACAACUUAUAGGAAACCAAAAAAUGUUAAAGCAACAUAAUCAAACAUUGGAUGAUGCCAAUAACUUUUUGUCUAGAAACAACUUGAUUCAUACUGAGAGGAUAAGGGAACUACAAGAUCAGAUUGAUCGAGCAGCUGCAGAAGCCCAUUUAUUACGAGUGGAAGCUCGUCAAGUGGGAGGAGAUAUAAUGAAAUAUCGAAGAAGUCCCCAACCGAAACGUAUCCAUAACACUCGUUCACGGAAGAAAAUGGAAAAUGAAGAGAGAAAUCAGUUAGAAAUUCAACACCAAAGAGAGUUGGAAAGCCUGAAAGAGGAUGUAGCAAGGCUUACCAGCCUGCUUGAACAGGCUUUGAGGCCUAGAGCUGGAGAAGGGACAUCUUCUCAACAAACAUUUACACCUCAGCCUCCGCCUCCAUUUAUUCCGCCAUCUGAACCUCAGCAUGCUGCUCAUUUCGUACCUACUCAAUCAGCACAUCCAAUGAGGGUCCCCCAUUCUGUGUUGAUAGAGGAAGAACCUCAAAGGAACAAGAUAAUAGAGGAAAAUGGUCAUGAAAAACUAGCUGCUUUAGAAGAAAGAAUGAAGGCAAUAGAAGGGAAUAGUUUGUAUGAUCCGGUGAAGGCCGUUGAAAUGUGUCUAGUGCCUAACGUGGUUAUUCCCAGAAAAUUCAGAGUUCCAGAAUUUGUUAAAUAUACUGGAACUCAAUGCCCAAUCACCCAUCUUAAAGCAUAUUGUAAUAAGAUGGCUGAAGUAGUCUAUGAUGAGAAGUUAUUGAUCCAUUUUUUUCAAGACAGUUUAAGUGAUGCGGCUCUUGCUUGGUAUAUGCGUUUGGAUAAUACCAAGAUUAAAGGAUGGAAGGAUUUGGUUAAAGCUUUUAUUAGACAGUAUAAGUUCAACAUGGAUAUUGCCCCAGAUAGAUCAAGUCUGCAAGCCAUGGAAAAAGGCAAUAAGGAGUCUGUAAGAGAAUAUGCACAAAGGUGGCGCGAAUCAGCCGCGCAAGUAAAUCCUCCAUUGUCGGAAAGGGAGAUGACUGGUUUAUUUUCCAACACUUUCAAAGCCCCGUACUUUGAAUACUUGGUAGGUAGUGCUGCACAAAAUUUCUCUGAUUUGGUUGUCAUAGCUGAAAGGAUCGAACAAGCUGUUCGGACGGGUAGGAUCGUGGAUCCUACUGAAAAAAGAGGUUUUAUUGGAAAAAGGAAAGAAACGGAAGUUCACAAUGUUGAAAGGGAAAGUAGAGGGAAGAACACUUACCAAGACAUUUACAGCUUCAAAAGUAUUACACCUACCCCCUCUAUAUCCAAUAUAAAAUUCUCUUCACCUACAAACACCCAAAAUAACCCGAUAAGCAACCAAACCAAUAAUGCCUACCGCCCAAGAAGAAAUUUUCCAAUAGAUCAAGUGCAACUUCCACCAUUACCCAUGUCUCUUACUGAAAUGCACCAAAGAUUGCUUGGUAUUGGCCAGGUAGCACCUGUUCCCUUAGAACCUUUACAACCACCAUUUCCUUUUUGGUAUAAACCCGAUCAAAAAUGUGAAUACCAUGCUGGUGCUGUUGGUCAUCAUAUUGAUGGAUGUGUCGCAUUCAAAAGAAAAAUCCUUCAGCUCAUCAAAGCUGGGUGGAUUUCUUUUGAUGAAUCUCCAAAUGUGAAUUCUAACCCUCUACCAAAUCAUGCUUCUGGAGGUGGGGGAGUUAAUAGCUUGGAGAUAGGAAGGGGAAGUACAACAACUUUAAGGGUGACUAUGGAUAGAUUGUAUGGGAUGUUGAGGCAAACAGAUUAUCUAAAGACACCAGUCAAAAUACAAGCUGUAAGGAGUGCGAAUGAAUAUUGUAAAUAUCAUCAGCAGCUUGGGCAUGAUAUUGACUCGUGCGAGGAGUUUCAUUUGGAGGUAGAAAAUAUAAUGACGUUGGGAAUGUUAAGAUUGAUGAAACUCAAAGAAGAUGAGUUAGUAGGAACAAUGACUGGUUGUAACCAGAAAGUGGAAGUUUGUAGAUAUAUACCAACCGAAAAGGGUCCACCAAGAAUGAUCCUAGCCAAGCCUAUGAAUACUGAGGACUCACUCUAUGGUUAUUCCUUUCACAGCACAAAUCCUGCCCCUGUUUUCCAUGCUGAAAUAGGAGGACUCACUCGGAGUGGGAGAUGUUUUACUCCUGAAGAGUUGGAAAACCAUAGAAAAGCCAAAGGAAAGGAUAUGGUGGAAUUGACAAAGACAGAUGAGGUUAACAAGCCAGUAAGUGAUGAAGAGGCUAAUGAAUUCCUGAAAUUGAUGAAGCAUAGCGAAUAUAGUGUGGUUGAUCAGCUAAAGAAAACACCCGCUAGGAUUUCUUUGUUGUCAUUAAUGUUGAGUUCAGAAUUGCAUAGGAACGCACUUCAGAAGGUUCUUAAUGAAGCAUAUGUUCCUCAGGAUAUCACACAAGACUCCAUAGAACAUUUGGUGGGUAGGAUACAAGCCACCAAUUACCUCUAUUUUACCGAUGAUGAGCUGGAUCAUGAAGGGACCGGUCAUAAUAAACCAUUGCAUAUCACGGUAAAAUGCAAGGAUUGUGUGAUUGCUAAGGUGCUUAUAGAUAAUGGUUCUGCUCUCAAUGUAUUGCCGAGACAUGUACUUGAUAAAAUGCCAGUUGAUGCCUCUCACAUGAAGCCAAGUACCAUGACUGCUAGGGCAUAUGAUGGGUCACCUAGACCAAUCAUUGGGAGUAUUGAUGUUGAACUAAUCAUUGGCCCACAACCAUUCCAAGUCACAUUACAAGUAAUGGACAUUCAUCCAUCAUAUAGCAUUUUACUGGGGAGACCUUGGAUCCAUGCAGCCCGAGCUGUCGCAUCUUCUUUACAUCAACGGGUCAAGUUUAUCAUCAAUGGGAAUUUGGUGACUGUGAGAGCUGAGGAAACUUUGUCAAUGAUAAAAAAUGUGUCGAUCCCUUACAUAGAAACUGAAGAAAGUAAGGAUGGAAAUCUGCAUGCAUUCGAAGUUGUAAAUGCUGAAUGGGUACCAGAAAAUACGGUACGAAGAAAGCCAGAAAUUUCCGAAGCAGCAAAAAUGGCUGCUAAAUACUUCUUAAAGCAUGAACUGCCAUUUCAAUAUGACCACACUACCGGAAUGCCUGAGAGGGUUAAUGUGAUAAAAAUGAAGUGUGCGGAUCAAAGGUUUGGCUUAGGGUUUAAGCCUGGGAAAGCAGAUUUCAAAAGAGCAGCUGAAAUUAGAAGAAAAAAAAGAAUAGCCCGGAUUGAAAGGAGAGAACCAGAUGAAGAUCGAAUAGAGAUCCCACCAAUCCAUGUAACAUUUCCAAGAUCCGCAUAUGUGAUAAAAACUGAGGAUUAUGAGGGGGGACUAAGAAAAGAAUUCAAUAGUGUUACUAUUAAUUAUCUUGAAAAAGUUGGUGAACAAGAUUUAAAGGAAGAGGAUAGUACUCAUGAACAAUUGCCCCAGCUGACUAUUGGCGUUUUGGAAGAUGGCUCAUCAGAAUUCGUGAGAAAACUGGCUGAGGGAGAAGAUUUAGCAAAUUGGGAAAUUCAUGAAGUCCCAAUUGUUUUCAAAAAGAAAUCUGAAAGCGGAUCGUCGUAUACCUCACAAACUCAUUGCACUGUGGAUAAUUGGCUUAACUUUGAUGAAACUAUAAUUGCCAUGGAUGAAGAAGAGUUUGGGGAGGAAGAUAUCCAUGAGUUCACAAGGUUAGGGGAACAAUCUGAUCGCACAUGGAAGCCUGCAAAAGAAGAACUAGAACUGAUAGAUAUGGGCACCGAACAUAAUAAAAGAGAGUUGAAAAUAGGGAAGCUAAUCUCUGCUGGCGUAAGAAGUGAAUUGGUCGCUCUUUUACGAGAAUAUGUUGAUGUGUUUGCCUGGUCAUACGCUGAUAUGCCUGGUCUGGAUACUGAUAUUGUGGUACAUAAACUACCUUUGAUAGAAGGAUGUAAGCCGAUUAAGCAAAAGUUGAGGAGGACAAGGCCAGAUAUACUAAUCAAAGUGAAGGAGGAGAUAACAAAACAGUGGGAUGCUGGAUUCUUGGAAGUAGUUGAUUAUUCUCAAUGGGUGUCCAAUAUUGUAGUAGUACCCAAGAAAGACAACAAAAUCAGGGUAUGUGUGGAUUUUCGAGAUUUGAAUAGGGCAAGCCCGAAGGAUAAUUUUCCUUUACCCCACAUAGAUGUACUGGUGGAUAAUGCUGCUAAGAGUUCUACUUACUCUUUUAUGGAUGGUUUCUCUGGGUAUAAUCAGAUUAAAAUGGCCGAGCAAGACAAGAAGAAAACAACAUUUGUUACCCCGUGGGGAACGUAUUGCUAUAGAGUUAUGCCAUUCGGACUCAAAAAUGCUGGAGCAACUUAUCAAAGAGCAAUGGUGACACUAUUUCAUGAUAUGAUGCAUAAAGAAAUUGAAGUCUAUGUGGAUGAUAUGAUCGCUAAGUCUAAAGAUGAGGGAAACCAUAUCCCAGCUCUAAAGAAAUUAUUUGAAAGGCUGAGAAAAUAUCAAUUAAAGUUGAACCCUGCAAAAUGCACAUUUGGAGUGAAGUCUGGGAAGUUAUUGGGAUUCGUGGUAAGCAAUAAUGGUAUAGAGGUAGACCCUGAUAAAGUGAAGGCCAUACAAGCUAUGUCAGCUCCUAAGACUGAGAAAGAAGUUCGAAGCUUUUUGGGGCGUUUAAAUUACAUUGCUCGAUUUAUUUCACAACUUACAGUCACUUGUGAACCAAUCUUUCGAUUACUUUGAAAGAAAAACCCUGGAGUAUGGGAUGAAGACUGUCAAGAAGCCUUUGAUAAGAUCAAACAAUAUCUGCAGAAACCACCUCUAUUGGUGCCACCUGUGCCUAGGAAGCCUCUCAUUUUGUAUUUAACAGUGACUGAAUCAGCAAUGGGCUAUGUGCUUGGCCAACAUGAUGAGUCUGGGAGAAAGGAGCAAGCCAUCUACUACCUUAGUAAGAAAUUCACUGAGUGUGAAUCUCGUUACAGUAUGAUUGAGAAGCUGUGUUGUGGUUUGGUAUGGAGUGCAAAAAGGCUCCGACAGUAUAUGUUAUACUAUACCACUUGGUUAAUUUCAAAGAUAGAUCCUCUAAAAUAUAUUUUUGAAAAACCAUACAUGUCAAAUAGGCUGGCCAGAUGGCAAGUGUUGUUGGCUGAAUACGAUAUCAUCUACAAAACAAGAAAAUCUGUGAAAGGAAGUGCAAUCGCAGAUCAUUUAGCUGAUAACGCCGUUGAAGACUAUGAGCCGUUAAAUUUUGACUUCCCUGAUGAAGAUGUGCUGGUAAUAGAAAGUGAUUGGUGGACCAUGUACUUUGAUGGUGCGGUGAAUGUGUCUGGUAAUGGAGCUGGUGCUGUAAUAAUUUCUCCAGAAGGAAAACAAUAUCCCAUUUCCAUUAAGCUACAGUUUAGUUGCACAAACAACACAGCUGAAUAUGAGGCUUGCAUUCAUGGAUUAGAAGCUGCAUUGGAACUGAAGAUAAGGAAAUUAGGGGUAUAUGGAGACUCUAUGUUGAUAAUUUGCCAGACGAAGGGGGAAUGGCAGACGAAAGAUGAGAAAUUGAAACCAUAUCAAGAAUAUCUCUCCAAAUUGGCUGAAAACUUUAAAGAGAUAGAGUUCAAUCAUUUAGGAAGGGAUAAGAAUCAGUUUGCGGAUGCCUUAGCAACCUUGGCCUCCAUGGCCACAAUCGAUUGUGGUAUCAGAGUACAUCCUAUAGGCAUUGAUAUCAGAAGUUCUCCUACUCAUUGUUGUUUAGUAGAAGAAGAAGUAGAUGGCAGUCCUUGGUAUACAGAUAUAAAAAGAUUCAUCCAAUAUCGAGAAUAUCCUUCUGAAGUUUCAAAAACAGAUAAGAAGACUCUGAGAAGAAUGGUAAUGGAGUACUUUAUAGAUGGAGAAAUCUUAUACAAAAGGUCAUUUGAUGGGACUUUAUUAAGAUGUCUGGACAGAUCAGAAGCCAAUAAAGCCUUGUGUGAAGUGCAUGAAGGAAUUUGCACCACCCAUGCAAAUGGGCAUAUGAUGGCAAGACAAAUACAAAGAGCUGGGUAUUUUUGGUUGACCAUGGAAAAGGAUUGUAUAUAAUUUGUCCGAAAAUGUCAUAAAUGUCAGGUGUAUAGUGACAAAAUCAAUGCACCCCCAGUGCCCUUAUUCAAUAUGGUGUCACCUUGGCCAUUCGCGAUGUGGGGAAUUGAUGUGAUUGGGCCUAUUAAUCCAAAAGCCAGCAAUGGUCAUCGGUUUAUCUUGGUCGCAAUUGAUUAUUUUACAAAGUGGGUAGAGGCCUGCUCAUAUGCUCAUGUGACUCAGAAGGUGGUCAAGCGAUUCAUUGAGAGAGAUCUAAUUUGUAGGUAUGGUUUGCCAGAAAGGAUAGUAACCGAUAACGCCAAGAACUUCAAUGGGAAGAUGAUCGUGGAAUUAUGCACUAAAUGGAAAAUCAAGCAUUCCAAUUCAUCCCCUUACAGACCAAAAAUGAAUGGUGCUGUUGAAGCUGCUAACAAGAACAUAAAGAAGAUUGUCCAGAAAAUGGUGGUCACAUAUAAAGAUUGGCAGGAAUGGCUUCCUUAUGCUCUACAUGCCUAUCGAACAGCAAUAAGGACGUCAACGGGGGCUACACCUUAUUCAUUAGUUUACGGAAUGGAGGCAGUGAUGCCCUUGGAAGUAGAGAUUCCUUCUCUAAGGGUCCUCAUGGAAUCUGAGCUAGAAGAGGCUAAAUGGCUGAGAAGGGGCAGAUCCGAUACGACCAGUGAGAAGAGAUUAGCUGCAAUUUGUCACCACCAACUGUAUCAAAACAGGAUAGCAAGAGCAUAUGACAGAAAAGUUCGACCAAGAGAGUUUAAAGAAGGAGAUCUUGUAUUGAGAAAAAUCCUAUUACUACCUAGUGAGAAUCAUAGCAAGUGGGCACCCAAUUAUGAAGGUCCCUAUGUAGUAAAGAAGGCAUUCUCUGGAGGAGCAUUGAUAUUGACAGGAAUGGAUGGAGAAGAUUUGAGUAGGCCAGUGAAUUCCGAUGCCGUGAAGAAAUAUUAUCCAUGA